AUGGAAACCUACCCAGUUCAGCGUGCUGAAGAGCUGGUGGCAGCCAUGUCGGGAGGUCAGAAGUUUACAAAACUUGACCUGCAAGACGCCUACCAGCAGAUACCUCUGGAUGCAGAAAGUCAUGAAUACGUGGCCAUACAGGGGGUUCCCCCUGCCUUUGGUGAGCACCUACAAGUGCAGCCAGAUAUUCCAGAGCUCCCAGCUGUGCUGGGUUCACGUGCAGACAGUCCAAUUGCCGAAACAGCUCCUAGCCCUUCCACACCGGAAUGCAUGGUGUGCAACUUCUCAGCUGAUUCAGCGGACGACUUGCGUUACCACGUGCGCCUGCAUGCGGUGCAAGGUGAGCUGUGCUGCAAGCUGUGUCAGCAGCAGUUCCGCACCCUGGUUGAUUUCAAGGGGCACUGCGACAGCCAUGGCCCCAAGCCGUUGCAGAAGCCGCCUCGCCGCAAUCCCGCCAUGCUCUCGUGCGGUGCCUGCGGGAAGCUGUUUCGCUCGCAGGCCUGGCUGGAGCGUCACAUAGAGCAGCGGCACGGUGGUGACGACGUGGACAGUGUCGAGAGUGCUCCUGCUUCGCAAGAUAGGGGACCCCCAACGCUGCAGUGCUGUGCCUGCGCACGCACCUUCACUUCAGCGUCCGCUUUACAGUCACAUGAGCGGUCACAUUUUGAAGGGCAGCCAGGCAGCUUGGGCGAGCAUGCCUGUUCCCUGUGUGACCGGUCCUUCAGCAGCUACCGGGGUCUGCGCAUGCAUCAGCGCAAGCACAUCGGCUGCCAGCAGACUGGCCGGGGAGGUGCGACCACUGAGCCAGUGAUUGAG